AUUCCUGAGUUCGUCGCCUUCUCGGUCGACUUCUUUGGCACACUUUUCGUCUCUGUGUGCAUGUACACGUCCGGUUCGCUCUAUCUAUCGGGUCUGUUCAUCGUGGCUGACGUGGGGCAGUCGCUCCUGGAAUUUCGAGAAAUUCACGCGAAUGCCCAGCUCCUGAUGGGCUCACUGCAAGACCGACGCGCCUCUGAAAUCCGUCUCCGCACCAAAAGCAGCCGCCGAAUUAGCAUGUUGGACACUCACAGUGAGCUUCUCACGACGAUGACUGCAGUCGUCCAGGACCCGACGAAUUAUGAAGCCAACUCGCUACAACGUGCACGAGUGUGGUCGUGCCUGCCUCACCCGAUAACGCAAGCGCAAGCAAACCUGCUCCGCUUGCUAGAAGAGUCGGGUGUUUACGGACAGACAGACUCAUCGACAUCCUCAACAAUGAUUAGGUUACAGCGACCGCAUCACCGGUAUCUCCAACCAGCCAGCCAACGCAUUGCGAUUGCCCCUGCGCCUGAACCAGCUCUAGAAGGCGCCGAACCUUCAGCUAUUCCCAAAGAUAUACAGGGAAGUAGGCGUCCAGAGCGAUCAAAGAUGCUAACACUGCAAGGUCUGCAACUGUUGUUUCAUUGCGAGUACUGGGCGUUGGUGAAGUACGUGGACUGCGUCGUUCCGCUCGUGUUUGCAGUUUACAAGUUCACGCUCGUGCACCUGCCAAAUGCUCAAUAUUACCCGGAGAGCGAUACGCAAUGGGGAGGCUCUGCUUUCUCAAACCUUGUGGUGUUUGGGCUACUGGAAGUCGUCAUAUUCGUCGUCUUUAACGUCUUCUCGCAGACCAGGUUUUCCUUCUCUGCGCUGUACCAGCUCGCGUUUGUACUCGAGAGGCAGCUUUGUCCUGUGCAGGUGCAUCUCUUCGUUGCCCUUCUGCUCCUGCUGCAGUACGAGCUCUACCACUUCGGUGCUGAUUUUACUCUCGAAUUCGAGUGGCUCAAGGACACUCAGCAGUAG